AUGACACUGGCACGCUGGUCACUACGACGGAACAACGGUGCGAAUACAGACUACCGCAAGACAUGCAGGAACCGCGCCGCCUCUGUUAGACAGUUCCCCUCAAUUUCUUCUCCAAGUUUGCUGCCGAAAACCCCCCUUCCAUACGGCAAACAGCGCCGCACCCCGGCCACUCCGAACUCUCUCUCCCCCGCUCCUUAUGGUUCCCCUGUCAAGCCUGCUACCGCGAGGAUCAUCCAUGGGGCGAUGCAACCGUCAAAGGUGGGGGUAAACGGCAGUGGCUUCGACGAUGUCUUCUUCCACAGGCCCCAGAAGCAAGGAGGGUCUUUUUUGCCAAUACCCCCCCGGAACAAGGCCGCGCAGCAGGCUGAGGAUCGCGAUGAAGUCACUGCAUUCCGCUCCUGCCUGCUUCACGACUCACAAUGCAACCGCGGCUUUCCCUGGAGCCGUCGACUUGGCGCUCUUACAAAGACUUGCAUCGGUGAACAGGGCAAACGAACCAGCUUCUGGCGCACAAAAUCGAGUUUCCGACAGAGGCAAAAUGCGUCAUAA